AUGAGAACCAUUUCCCAUAUACACAUGAGAACCAUUUCCCAUAUAUACAUGAGAACCAUUUCCCAUAUACACAUGAGAACCAUUUCCCAUAUACACAUGAGAACCAUUUCCCAUAUACACAUGAGAACCAUUUCCCAUAUACACAUAAAACUGUUUCCCACAUACAUGUGAAGUAGCCUUAAGAAUUGGAGCAUGUUUAAGACACUGGAUUCCUCCGAGGAGAAAGGGUAAGAAAACAGUGAGGAUGAUCUUCCUGCUUUGUCAGUAACUGUUUCUUCCUAAAGCUGGUUGGGUUACAUAGAUGUCAGUCAUAUCACCGUGAAGAUUUUGCAAACCUGCCAUUUUUUAAUUUAACAAAAACAUCAGAAGAAAGCUUUGAAAUUCUUAGAUCAACUUAUUCUGGAGGAAGGACUGUGUGAUCUUUUCUGGACUGGAGGCAAGAACUAACUAACCUUCCUGUUGCCUGCAUUUGUGUGACUUUCAUUUUCUCGUUUAUGUAAGUGGUAUAGGACUUAGACCAUAACCUUUGGCAGUUAACUAUAUAAACUGAUCCCAUACCCUAGAAGAGCUCUGAGGUAAAGGUUUUAGCUCUACAUUCGUACUGGUAGUCCCUGUACAAACCAACCGUACUGCACUGGGCUUGAGAAUACCAUACUAUGAAAGUAGUACAUCGCUUGUGUCAUAUUUUGUGGUUAUUUGAUCUUGUUUAUAUUCCCCUUUCUCCAAAGGCGGGAUUGUGAAUGUUGCUAGCAUUGACACAAUUUUACCACACAUGGACAUGGAACUCACAGAAAUGGAGAAAGAAGAUUUGGUAGAGAAACUGCCUCUUGAUGGUAAUAAGAAGGUUGAAUUGAGAAAUUUACUAAAUUCAUUGAAAAAUUAUACUGGAAAAAAGAUUGAUGUCAACGAUCUACUACGAGUUAUGAGAGACAUGGGGAUUGAACUCAACAAGAAAGAAGAGGAGACACUACUUCGUGCCCUCCCCGUGGAUGAUGCCGGAAUGGUGUUUCAGAACAGACUGUUGGAAGAAGUGAAGACUAGGAAAGGAGGAAUGGUUAAAGUCAAUAACCUGGACACUGUUCUGGGAAGUCUGGGCAUUAAACUCACAGAUAAAGAACACGAAAGCCUGACAGAAAAUCUACCACUUACUGCUGAUGGAAAGAUUCAUCUUGAAAAAGUGCUAGACACAGUAGAAUCUAUUACAGGAGGAGACAUUGAUGUCUGCCAUGUGGCAAAUGUUCUGAAGGAAAUGGGAAUAACUCUCACAGACAACGAACACAGAGACCUGCUGGAGCAGCUCCCCAUCAGUGCUGAUGAAAAAGUCCACAAGAACAGAAUGAUGGAUGGUUUGAAGUCUCUUAGUCAUGGGACUGUUGAUGUCAAUAAAAUCGACACAAUUUUGAAAAAUAUGGGGUGGAAGCUAACAAAUGACGAAAUUAAGGAUCUGAAGAAAAAUGUGCCUGCCGAUGUCCAUGGAAGAGUUUCAAUGAAAAACUUGUUGAAGGGCUUAGAAGCAUUUACAGGAUCAAAGUUCGACAUGAGAUUUCUUCCUGCUAUGAUGAACAAAAUGGGCCUUGAGCUGACAGAUAAAGAACGGAUGAAGCUGAUGAGUGAGCUGCCUAUUGACGAAUCUGGGAAGAUCUAUAAAAACAGAUUGUUGAAUGAGGUAAAGUCUUUUGAAGAUAGAUAUAUAAAGUGUAACGAUGACAAGAAUGACCCUGGAAUUAGCUAA